UUGGCGACGGAGCGCAGCAGCAUCCGCAAUCGAUCGCUGCGGCCAUAAGAACCGCAAGCACUCGUCGUCGAUGGCUACAAACUCGGCGGUUUCAGCAGUGUCGUCGGGCAGCAGCAACUCUGUCCGCAAGAUGUUCAGUGGGUCUUUCCUGCGCGCCUUGCGCAGCCGUGAGUCGGUCAACGAUCCCAACAUCUGAGCGAUGCCAUUUAUUUUGCUAACGCUCAAACAUGUUUUAUUAACAUUCACCUUCACGCCUUCCAUUCCACCACUCCGCCAUUCUACCACUUCUUUCACCCAGCACUAUUCUGGUUUUAUAUUGAAUACACGCUUUCCUGUUUUUUGCUUCUUUCUCCGUUUGCUUGAGCGACGAACCUGCUUUCAACCAGAUUUUAUUUAUUUUUGGAAAUCCAACUGCAAACCAAAGCCGAAGAUGAGCGGCGCGCAUUGUCUGUUGUCUGUUGCCCACUGGACAGCAAAUGGCCGCGCUCGCUCAAUCGGGGAUCAUUGCCACAACCAGUGCUUGAGCUGUGCAAAGGCCAAGUGGGCUGAACCGUUGUCAGUCCGCCGUGUUUUGGGUUUUCUUGAAUUUUCUUGAGUAAUUUUCUAUGGCCACAGAACCUGGUCCGAAUCUACAUGGACAAAAG